AUGGAACGGGAGUGUAUGGAGAAGAUCAACCACUACUGUCAAAAGAAGAAACUUACGUUGGUUUAUGCCGAUGUCAAAAUGACCGGCCCCUCUCAUGAUCCUGAGUUCACAGUUGUGGUUAAAAUAGACAAUGUAGAAUAUGGUACCGGCACUGGUAAAAAUAAGAAGGAAGCAAAAGCAGUCGCAGCAAAAAAUAGCUGGGAAAUGAUUGAGAAACAGCCAGAGAAUCCUUCAAAUAUCCAGGCGGCAGAAUUAACAACAUCUCCAGUGACCUUAUUACCUGCAUCAGCCCAUGACUAUGUCAGCCUACUAAAUGUGUAUUCACAAAGGACACAUUGUUUAGUUGAUUAUACUAACAUAAAACGUACUGGAGAUGACCAUGCUCCCACGUUUUCUUGUAGCUGUACAGUUAAUGGUUUUGUGCGGGGAAUUGGCACCGGACCUUCACUUGGUGUUGCAAAACAAGCUGCUGCAAAACAAGCAUUUAAGACGCUAGAGAAGGAAGGUGCUCUAACAGUGGGAAAUGAAAAAUCUAACUGCAAUUCUACAUUUAGUGAGCACAGUAAUUCCUCUGAAGUGCUAACUCGGUGUGACUCGGACAGCAGUAUUUACUUUGAAGACUCAGAUGCGAAGCUGGUAAGAAAAAUGGAAGACAUGGUGUUAUGUGAAAACUCUUCACCUUCUCAGAGACAUGCACAAAGUGCUGCCCUGAAAUCCAAAAGAAAAUUGGCACCUAAUUUUGAUAAUGCAAAAAACAAGGAAGAGAAAAAAAAGAUGUCAGAUUCAGAUGAAGAUUUGGACAUAAAUACCAGCGAGAAUAAUGAAAGUCCAUGUACUGUGAAUAAAAGAUUUCUUGGGAGUUUUAAAAAUAUAAAGGCUAUUGGUGAAGGUGGUUUUGGAAAUGUUUUCAAAGCAACAGGAAAGCUGGAUGAGCAAACCUAUGCAGUCAAACGAGUUUGCUUCACAGAGAAUGUAAAGCGUGAAGUAAAAGAACUUGCAAGUCUUCACCAUGAAAACAUAGUGCGGUAUUAUUCUAGCUGGCAAGGAUAUGACCGUGUAACUGAUCCACUCUCAAGGUAA